UCAUCCCUCAUCACCUUCAUCAUCUCUUACUCUUCUUGAUAGUGACUCGUUUCAUUCACUUCUUAGUCUCUGCUCAUGACGUGAACAUCAAAUCCACAUUAUUGUUAAUUCAACAUCUUAAACCUUUCUCUUAGUGUCUCUCUUUGUGCUAAUACAACAUUCGGAUUACCAACACUUUAUUGUUGUUAUUUACUUGGAAUUUGUGUUUACAAUUAAAUCAACCAAUUCAUCAUGAAAAUUCUGAAAAAAAUCAAGAGUAUAACUCGAUGUCCUAAACAUAAACAGGAUAAAUCGAUAGCCAAUCAACCAACUGCCCUUCAUUUCCACCCUGUUCAUGGAGAUAAUAUCAGAUUAACUGGAAACGGUUCAAUUGCUGAGCGAUUGGAAAGUUUUUGUGAAGGAAUUGUUUUCUCAUCUCGACCUGUUCGGGUUGAUGAACCAGUUUCGAUUAAAUUUAUGACCACUUCGACCAAUUGGAAUGGUGCAUUACGAUUUGGUUUCACCACAACUGACCCUUGUAAAUUAAAGGGUCAUCUUCCCAAAUAUGCUUGCCCUGAGUUAACCUCAAAACCAGGAUUCUGGGCUAAAGCAUUGAGUGACCGUUACGCUAUUGUUGAAAAUGUGUUGACCUAUUGGACUGAUGAAUCAGGUAAAUCCUAUUACUCAGUUAAUGGUGAGGACAAGGGUAUUUUCCUCACCGAAGUGGACACAACUAAACCCUUCUGGGCUUUACUGGACAUCUACGGAUCUACAACUGCAAUAAAAUUUUUAGAUUCAAGGUAUAUCAGUAAAAACAGGUUAACCGAAUCCAUUUACUCAUCAACUACUACUACUAAUCAUCAAAUCUCAUCAUCAUCAUCAUCAUCUCCAUCCGGUUCAUCUUCCCUUGCUGAAUAUUCAACACUACGACGAAUCUCAUCCUCGGUCAACCGAGAACCUUUACCCCAAAUCUAUCGUGGUAAUAACCUAUUACCGUUACCUUUUCAUAGGACCAGAGGAUGUAAUAUGACUUUAUCUAGUGAUGGGUCAACCGCUGAACGUUGUGAUUCUCAAUAUUCAAGAGGUUAUGUUUUCGCCCAACGACCUUUACGUUUAGGUGAAAAAAUGAUUAUUCAAGUUCUUAAAACUGAUGAACUUUACACCGGAAGUUUAGCCUUUGGCCUAACAACUUGUAAUCCAUCAACACUUAACACUGACGAUUUACCUGAUGAUCCUCACAUCCUACUUGAUAGACCAGAAUAUUGGAUUGUAAUCAAGGAUAUUGCCAACAGGCCGAUUGCCGGUGAUGAAAUUGCCUUUAAAAUAACGGAAACAGGUCAAGUUAUCAUGACCAAAAAUCGUCAACCACCAGUAACCUUAAUGCACGUUGACCAAUCUCAAAGUUUCUACCCUUUCUUUGAUCUUUACGGAAGUACAAUUAAAAUUAAAUCACUUGGUGUUAUGUUACCUGAGAAAGUGAUGAACAUUAAUAGUAACAAAGUGAACACAAUGAAAGCUUCAAAUCAAGUUAAUCUUAGUCAAUCAGUUACAUCUAAAUCCAAUCAUUAUUAUUCACCUAAUCAUCACUCACAGUCACGAUUACCUAAGCAAAAUUCAAUGUUGACCAAUAGGCAAAAGUGCUGGUCAACUUAUGGAUUAUCAUCAACUUCCUGUCCCUCUGAAAAUAACUCAACCUUGACUAAUCUAAGUCAAUAUCAAUCAACAUCAACUACAAGAUUAACUGAUUGUCGAUCGAUACCUUCAAGUCAUUCAACUGGAUCUCUUAAUGUUGAAUCAGAAUGUACAGUUUGCUUUGAAUCGCCAAUUAAUUGUGUCCUUUAUACCUGUGGUCAUAUGUGUAUGUGUUAUGAAUGUGCAGUUAAACAAUGGAAAGGACAAAAUGGUGGACGAUGUCCAAUUUGUCGAGCUCGUAUUUUGGACGUUAUCAGAACUUAUUAUGCAUAAAAGACGAAAAAGAAUUUGUUUUUUUUUUGGAUAUUCGAUUCGCCAAAAAAAAAGUUUUGUUAUGAAUUUUGUUUUCCAAAUAUACACCGAAAUCACCAGCAUCGAGUCACCAUCAUCAUCAAUCAUCUUGUUAGUCAGCAUUAUGAUUCCAAUGAAAGAGAUUAUCUGAACAGCUGAUGAAUAAUCCUGAUUACCACCCACAUCAUUAACUGAUCACAAUCAAAUUUUCCAGCUAAAAUCUAAUCAAAUAUCAUUAAUAUUCUGGUCCAUUCAAUUAGAUCAUCUCAACGCCUAAGAUGUUAAGCAAAAGCAAAAGUCAAUCAGAUGAUGAAGAAGCAAAUUAAAUCUAAUCCAGUUUUCAAUCAUGUUGUUAAUCCUCCAUCCAUACGGUUACAAUUUUUUUUCCUUCGACGAAAAAACCCAAGUAACCUUUGAACUCUCUCUCCAAAUUACCUUUAAAACCGUCCAUUGGUCAGUCUAAAUCUCAUGAUUUUCCCAUAGCCAAGUGAAAACAACAACAACAAACCCUUAAGGGCAAUUACAUUUGUAACAAAGUUGUUAACCUAAAGUCGGGGAAAAAGUUUAUCUAUUGACCUUUUUAUUUGAAAAUGGUGGUAAUGUUAAUGGCGUUGGUGGUGGUGGCGAGGUUAACGAGGCGAUGUCACUUUCAUCACUACGCUAUUAUAAAUAGUAAAACGGAAGUAGCUCCGGUCUCCACCUUAACGUGUUUUCUUAUCCCUUGUAAACUUCCGUUGCGAUACCUUGGUAAACUGAUCCACACCCCGAUCUUGCUUCUUAUACUAUUGAUAAGGUACAAAAGGUACCAAAUAAUAACAAUAAUAACCUAAGAAAAGCAAGAGAAAAGAUCACAAUUCUAAUAUUAUCCAUAGAAAAACGGAAACAACGGUUUUCUAACUUUGCCAUUUAAAUACUAACAAAAAUAUUACAAAGGAAAUGGACUUUAUCUUCAUCAUCUCUCUUUCUCAUUUCUCUUCUUCCUCGGAAUCAUAAUCAUCAUCAUCAUCUCUCUCAUACACACACACAAACACACACCUACACCCAUUGGUUUCAAUGUGAAUUCACAAAGUCAACGAGAAAAACUAUAAAUUAUCAAGAGAAAAUUUUUUUAUCUAAUUUAUCAAUAACAAAGACUUUAUAUAUUUUUUUCCCCUUCAAUUCAAAUGUUAAAACCAAAACUUUUUUUGUCUGAAUCUCCAUGUAAAAAUAUAACCUUACCUGUGUAAAUAUAUUGAAAAAAUUAUCGCUCCAUCAUUGAAAAUGAUAAUAGUUAUUAUAUGGAUAAUAAAUUAUUGAUUAUAA